AUGCGCGAGUUUGACGAUCAUCCAUCUUGGGCUAUAAAAGAUGGCUGACUGGCGGGAACGGGUCACAGGUGAAUCCACCUGACACGGGCUGCGACAUGAGCGGAAUCGCAUCGGCCAACGCCAGCGCCGUCAUUCAAUACCGAGACUCGCUAGGCAAAGCGGUGGCCAAGAACCUGCUGGUGCUCGCCAUGGCGCUUUCCAUCAACUACAUCAACGUCGGCCUCAUUUACACCUUCUGCAAGCACCAGAUCUUCUACAGCAACCCUCGCUACAUCCUGUUCUUCCACUUGGUUCUGAACGACAUGAUCCAGAUGAGCCUGAGCGUCAUCCUCUUUGUGAUCAGCUACGCCCUGUACACAAUCGCCGUGUUUGUGUGCGCCCCCCUCAUGCUGAUGGCCGCCACCACCACCGAGAACACGCCCCUCAACCUGGCGUGCAUGGCGGCCGAGUGCUACGUGUCCGUGUGCCUUCCGCUUCACCACGCCCGCAUCUGCACCGUCAGGAGGACUCUGCUCCUCAUCGCCUUGAUCUGGACCGCCAGCCUCAUCUCCACCCUUCCGGACCUCUUCGUCACGCUGGCCACCGAGCCUCUCGAGUUCUUCUCAUCUCGAGUCUUCUGCAUGCGCCCGAACGUCUUCCCCAAUCCGCUGCUGGUUCGGAAGCAGGAGCUCUCGUACAUUGGCUACCAGUUGCUUGUGUGGUCGGUCAUCUUCUUCACGUACUUCAAGAUCCUCUUUGCGGUCCAGUCGGUCAGCAAGCACGCCAAGAAGGCUCGGAGGACCGUCGUCCUGCACAGCGUUCAGGUUCUGCUGUGCAUGAGCACGUACGUGGCUCCGCGCCUCCGGGAAGCUUUGCAGAGCUGGUUCCCCGAGAACUCCGUGGACAUGCUGUUCGCCUGCUAUCUCGUCAUUCAGGUCCUGCCCCGCGCCAUCAGCCCCAUGAUUUACGGCGUGAGGGACAAGUGCUUCAGGAAGUACCUCAAACGCUACCUGAUCUGCAAGAGUGGCACUGACUCUGCGGAAAUGACGAGCAAGAACAACAAAACAGACGCCAGGAGCAAGAACAAAGACUGAUGGCGCGAACGGCAACAAAGC